CCAGACGGUCGAAUUGACGAUUCAGUCACUUUUCUGGUCCGAUUCAACACUGUCCCAAUAACUUUGUAAAUUAAAAACCGUUUAACUACGGGCCAGCCUACCCUAUACAGACCGUACCCACAUAAUCCCAAAGAUCCUCCUUUUUUUCUCUUUGGCGCUAAUAUUUUUCAAUACUACCACGACGCUCAAAUCCAAGUAGGGAAGACGAAAAGUAUAAGCCAUGGAAAAGAUUUGUGCAGCUCACGCCAUGCAAUGGAGCAUCGAGCUCGAGAACGGUCUCCGAUCCAAAAAACCUGGUAAAGUUAUUGAAUCGAUAUUACAAACUGGAACUCGACUUGAACAAUGGAGUAAAGAACCUAAUUAUCCAUUAUCAGUAUUACAAAUGUUUGGUUUAAUUCCUGGUGAAGAUAGAUUGUUUGCAAAUACUAUACUUCUACGUCUAGCCGAUGCAUUUAAAUCUGGUGAUAAACAGAUUAGAAUUUCUGUUUUGAAAGUUUUUUUGGGGGAGAUGAAGUUCAGGAGAAGUAAAGGGAAAAGUUAUAAUGGGAUAUUGAAGAAGGAUAGGGUUUUUAAUCAUGCUGAACUUCUUAAAAGAGUAAAGCUAGUUUAUGAUACCGGAGAUGUGGAAUCAAGAGGGUUGGUUUUUAGAUUAAUUGGUUGUUGGGCUGAUUUUGCCAAGGAUAGUGCUGAAAUUAGGUAUAUGGUGUUGUCCAGUUUGGGUUCUUGCCAUGUUUCGGAGGUGAAGGCAUCAUUAUUCGCCGUUGGUUGCUUUUCUGAGUUAUCAGAGGAUUUUGCAUGUAUUGCCUUGGAAAUGCUGAUUAACAUGAUAACUUCAUCAAAAACAACCUCAAGUUUAAAGCUAGCUGGAGCUCGCAGAUUAACUUGUACGGGGACUUCAUUGUCACUUGCAAUCAGAGCUUACAAGGCAGGUAAAAAGCUGGUUUUGGAAUCUUUACACAAGGAAUUUAUAGCAGAGAUGUUAGUAGCACUCUCAAAGCUUGCAUCCAAGUCGAUGCUCCUGAUCUCUGAACAGGUAGACUUGCUCUUGCCAUUCCUGGUGCAACCAUCUGCUUCAUGCGUGCAAGCUAUUGCGUUAAGAUGUUUAAACUUUCUCUUGGCAGGAGGAGUGUGUCGUUUUCCUGUAAAUGCUAGUCUACUCAAAGCACUAUCGCAUAUAGUGGAUAGCAGUAACCAUUCAUUGGGUUUGCAAUGUGAAGCACUAAAGUUAUUGCGUAAGACAGUGCGACGUCCUUGCAUGGAUAUAUCUGAAUUGGUAAACUUUGUACCAUCUGUUAAGGCUGCAGCUCAAUCUCCCAUCUUACCCAAAAGAUUAUUGGCCCUCUGUCUUCUUGUAGAUAUAUCUUGUGACCAUAGGAUGGGAAUGGAAAUGACACCAGAUGCAAAUGAUCUUAUUCAUCUUCCAUCCUGGGUCCUUUUGUCACUAUUAGAUCAGAUAGAGGGUCUGGUAAAGCCAGUACUGGAGACUUGUUGCACUACGUCUGAAGUGGAGCAAGAAUGUCGAAGCUUGCUCUAUCUAAUAGUUAGUCUGGUUAAGGAACACCCAUCAUUGGGUGUUCUUGUUCUUGACAAAAUUAGAUUAAACAUAGAACCAAUGAUGGAUUUUUGCACAGAAAACUCGGAAACAACAGUUGUGUCUUCUCUUCGUGAUACUGUGAUGUUUGAUGUAGGAAGGCAUGUUCAUGUUGCAUCAAACCUUAUCUCCUGCGUAUAUAAAGUUGUGGAAUCUUGCGUAACACUUGAUGUAGCUAGUGCAAUUACUUCUCAACUGCACCAGUCAAUGAAGCUUCUGCUCAAUGUCAUACUCCAAAGCAGCUUAUUUACUCAGGACAUGCACACCGUCCACUUAUUAUUCUUACUCUCUCAUGUGAUGGGGACUUAUUCAGUGAAUGAUGAUAAUGAAAUCUGUAUCGUUGCAGAAGAGUUGAGGAUAGCUAAUAUUAAUUACAGAUUUCAGCAUGAGAGAGUUGUUGUUGAGUAUAUGAAAAAUUUGAUAGCAGGAAACAAUAAUUGGUCCAUCUACAGAUUUGCACAAUGGGCGGCAUGUCAGGGAUUGUGGUUGGUUGUUGCAAUUCUGUCUGGGCAGUUGAUAAAUAAGGUCCAAUCAGAGUCCAACGUUAACUGGUUAAAAUCCCUGACUCUAUUUGCUCAAGCCGAAAGUACUGUCUUUCUGCUUAAUUUCCCAAAACAAGUGAGUGAGGUCUGGGUUGCAUCUUGUACGAGUGCUUUACCCGCUUGGAAUGCUGACUCUCAGAAUUACAUUGGAAGCCUUACAGAAGCUUGCACUGGCAUACGCGCUGCAAGUGAAGUUUUGGGAUGUGUUAUCACACUCGAUCAAACCUUUUAUUUCCAAAAGUGGUUUUUGGACUUAAGAGCUAAGUUUUUAGAAGCUGCUCUUGAUAUUCUGAGAUUUUUGAGUUCUGAUACAUGCAACAAUGUGAAUAUUUGCUACAAAACAUCAGUCUCAUAUGAAGGUGGUGCUGAAGCUGAGGAAACUGGACCUGAUUUUUGUUUGUUGGUAUAUUUCUUGACACGAUUCUCAUUUCGAUUGAAUAGGUUGGUUCGGGAAUUUGAUCUUCUUGCUACAUCUUUCAUUGGUAUGGACACUGAAAGUUUCAGGACCGUUUCAAGGCUUGCUGUAAAUUGCUCAGUACUGGCCUUUUGUACAGGUUUUGUUCUCUACCAUCCAAAACUAUAUGAGAAAUCUAUGCUCCGUGAUUUGGAGAACUUGAUGAAGUGUUCACAUUCGACGCUGCUAAAAGAUGCAAUCGAGAGGUUACAACAUGUAGAUGAGGAAACUAGUACAAAUUUGAAGGUGCUUUUGACUUCCAUUGAAGAGCCAAAGAGCUGCUUCCACUUGCAUCAAAAAACGUUUCUAUAUGGAUCUGGAUUCAGAGAACGAGAAAUUUUGGUUGUUUCAAGGAAUGCUGUAGCGGAAGUACUGCAUCUUCAAGAAGAGGCAAGUAAGAUGAACUGUAAGGGCAUUCUAGGCCAAGUGUCCAAAGCAGGGGUGCAACUACUGAGGGGCAUACUUACUAAGUGGAUGCAAAUAUCACUUCAGACUCCAAAAUACUUCUUUCAAGUAAGGCCUUGCCCUGGUGCAGAAUUGUUCACCUGUACUGCUGAUAACAGAAAAUCUGAUGAGAUAUCUAUUUUGCCUGGCUCCCAUCUGUCUCUAAAUCUCUGCCUCCAAAUGAAAAAUGUACCUGAAGUUCUGUCUGGAAACUUUUAUUGCGUUCUAGCAUGUAAACCAUCGUACUGCACACCUGCAUCUGAUGGACAAAUGGAGGAGCAGAAGCGAUCUGGUUAUCCUGCUUCAGAAAGUGAUGAUUCCUUGGAUCUGAAUGAAAAGCUGAUGCUCUAUGUUAUGAAUAGUACUGACGAAAUGGGUGCUAGAAAGCGUGGUAGAAUUUGUGGUGAUGGAUGUGAGUUUGUGUUGUGUUUUGUGUCUUUUGAUGAACUCAAUCAGAGGGGGCAGGGAUUUUCAAAUUGUUUAUUCGAUGUUACUUCAUUUCCAGAAGGUUCUUACAUGAUCAAAUGGCAUAGUUGUUGCAUUGACAGUCAAGGUUCUUAUUGGAGUUUACUCCCUCUCAAUGCUGGUCCUCGUUUUUCAGUCAAGAAGCCUCCUGUUGCCAGUGUAUCAUAUUAAGUGAGUGAGUUAUCCUUCAAAUGGAGGCUGGGACGAAGUUGAACUUUGAGCGAUGUCUCUUUGGGCAUGGUUACUUACGCCUGAACCUUCAGUCAUGUUGAGUCAUUGUCGAAUCGAAUGCAUGGAGAAGGCGAGCCAGCACGAUAUGCAGUGUUUGGAUGGCGAAAUUCAUCCCUGGGCAUAUUCUUCGUCCUGAUCCGAAUGGUGUAAACUGGAAAUGAUGUUCCCUAAAGUCCAAAUGUGCCGCUUCACCACCAGCACCGCCUUUAGCUUGUUGGAGAAACCUUUCUGGCUUAAACUCUGAUGGGUUGGACCAUAUUCGAGGGUCUCGAUGCAGUUUCCACAAGUUAACCAGUGAACGUGUGCCUGCUUUCACUUUAUAUCCACCCGCAAUACAGUCUUCAAUAGCUUCGUGACCUAACGAAAGUGGGCCAGCACGGUACAAACCUACUGUUUCCUUGAUGAUUUCUUGGAGGUAGACCAGGUUGUUGAUGUCAAGUUGCUCUACAUUUCGGUCCUUCCCGACUACGGUAUCUAGUACAUCCUGGGCGUUUCUUAAGAUAGAAGGGGUGAGUGAGUAGUAAUGUGAGAGCUCAUGUCCACGACACUGAUGUGGUGUCUAAGACAGCUGAGAUAAGAGUCUGCAAGAUCAACAAUAUCAAAUUAAUUGGUAAAGGAAGAUUUCAACUUUCAUCUGCGCAACAAUUAGUCCAUUUUGUGGAAAACAACCGUCACAUCAUAUCCAUUUGAUCAAAGAUGCAAGUGUAACAAGAGCGUGUAAGAGUGUAGUUGCUGUUGAAACAUCCGUCUCAUGGUCAGGUUAUACUAGUUAGUGUAGAACUUGUGCAAAAGAGUUUUUUCACGGGUAUAAUCUGUGUACAUAGAGUAAUGCAUGGUAGGAAUAGUGUACAGUGAUUUCUGAACAAUGUUUAGAUAUUUUUAGGGUAUUCUUGUAACCAUGUAUAAUCAAUCUAUAAGAUAAAAGACUUUUUCAUCCAAGUGGCUUACACUC